CUACAGUAAAUCCCAUAAAAUACCGCUAAAAGUCACUUAAUGCCAGUCAAAGGUCCCCUUAAUCUCGGAUACGUCAGGAACAUCAACGCCCCCAUUCUCUCCCUCGCACCUCCCCCCUCAAAAUAAAUCCUGGGGGUCCGAGUUUGGCGUCAUCCCAACAUACCAUACUCCCAGCAUACUCGAUACCGCCCAGAUACUGCCCAGCACCCCUCUCCUCGGACCCGUUUCGAACCUCAUGCUUUCUUAAUAUACCCUCGUUUUUUCACACCGUUUCUCAAUAAUCUAUCUCGAUUGACCGAAUUUACACCCCGAUCAAUUACCACACCCUCUAUCCGCCAUGUUACCCAAUCUACGUGGCCUCGUAGGCCUCUCCCUCGUCGCUCUCCUCGGCUUCGCGACAGCCCAAACCACAACAACCUGCGAUCCUACGAAGGGGGAUUGUCCCGAAGAGCCUGCGCUGGCUAUGAGAUACAACUUCGACUUCACCCAGGAAUCCAACGGCUCUACCUGGAAUGUGGAGGCAGGCAACGCCGACUAUCAGAAAGACGGCGUUCUUCUCCCAAUCAAUGCAAGGAAGCAGGCGCCGACGCUUGUAUCGCAGUUCACCAUCAUGUUUGGCAGAGUCGAAGUCCACAUGAAGGCUGCCCGUGGGAAGGGAAUCGUCUCGGGAAUCGUCUUGCUUUCCAAGGAUCGCGAUGAGAUUGACUGGGAAUUAAUCGGUGGCAACGAAACCCACGUCCAAUCGAACUACUUCGGUAAGGGAAACGAGACAUUAUUCGACAGGGCCUUCUGGCACCCUCUCAACAAGCCCAUGGACGAGUUCCACAACUACACGCUUCUAUGGACCGCGAAACAAUUGGACUUCUUCGUCGACACUGAGAAAGUCCGCACUCUUAUGUACAAAGAUGCCCUCGAUGGCAAGAACUACCCCCAGACACCUAUGACCGUCAAACUGGGCGUCUGGGCAGGCGGCGACCCUGGCAACACGAAGGGCGUCAUCGAGUGGGCAGGCGGCGAGACCAAUUUCGACCAGGUGCCCUUCCACAUGUACGUGAAGAGCGCCGACAUUGAAGAUUUCGGCACCGGCGCCAAAGCAUACAAGUACGGCGACCUCACCGGAAGCUGGGAGAGCAUCCAAUCCAUCCCCGGCAACUCCACGCAGCGCCUCCUCCUCCUCGACAUCAAGCCCCCCCCAAAGCCCACCAUAAGCGACAAAUUCAACGCCCUCCCCUCCUCCUCCAAAGUUGCCAUCUACGCCUCCGCCGGCGGCGCCUCCUUCCUCCUCGCCGGCGCCUGUCUCAUCUCGUGCUGCCGCAAGCGCCGCCAGGGCAGCCGCGAAGCCAAAGCCUUCCGCGCCAAACAAGAAGCCAUGGACCGCGAAGACGAGGCCUACCAGAUCGAACUCAAGGCCGCAGGUAUCAGCCCCGACGCGCUUGGUCCCAGUGGUAUGACGGCCCAGGAAUUCGCUAGUGGUGGCGUCGUAAAGUCGCCCGGCAUCGAUCGCUCGAUGGACCCGCCUAUUCCUACCGUCCCAGCUGUGUAUCAAGGUGCAGGCGCGUCUAUUAAAUCACCCACUGGCUCUCUCCGCCCCGGCGCUGCGCCCUACGGCGAUGCAGCUGGAUUGCGCAGUCCCGCGCUCGCGUCCCCCGGCUACGCAGGCGGUGGGCAGUUCGACAACCCCCGCUCGCCUGGGCCGGGGGGGUACUCGGUGAACUCGCGGAAUGGGAGCGGGGGCGGGUAUGUGCCGGCGGCGGCGCCAAAUAACUCGACGGAGUAUUUUGCGCCGCAGCCGAGGAGCAAUACGCAGGGCUCGUGGAAUAGUGCGGCGGCGGAGAACAUGGGGAGGUCGGGGAUCUCGAAUUCGCAGAGGCCGAGGGGGAAUGGGGGGUAUGGUGGGGGUGCGUUUUAGGGGCCCUAAAGCGUGUUGGCCGCAGAGCUGGCGGUUACGAAGAUUUGGGAGUGUAGGGGAUUAAUGACUGGCGUUGGGAUGUGAUCUUUUUUGUAGGACUGAGGGGUUAGUGGUCGUGCGGUUUUAGUACUCCAGGGCCGGGUGAUAGAUACCAGACGUGUAGACGUUCGUUCUCGAGUGCCUCGAUUAGGCGAUGAUGGAUAUUUUCUCAUCCAUAUUUGAAAAUGGAGACUUUUAUCUCAGUGGUAGUAACUUCCUUCUAAACCGUGAUACUUCCUGUGGUGGUUGUGAUAACUGGGAAGCUCCAACCACCGACAUCACACCCAGAAGAUGUCGUAACCCCCAGUCUUGGCCAUAUUCAAAGCUUUCUCACAAGCAAACAAUCAUUUACUCUCCAUUUAACACCCCCCUCAUUUCUGGCAACCCCAUAUUACCCCGCCCACUACAACCAUGAUCUAACACCCAACGCGGCUACCCGCCCCAACCGCGCCACAGGCCCAACCGCCGACCGCGAUGGGAACGGCACCAACAACACCAGAAUCGGGAGGGUAGCGCCAACGAGGGGUAGGCAGCGCCAACACGAGGCAGACUGGGUGGUUGACGUAGGCAGACAGGCAGGUAGGUAGAAACGUGGGACGGGUGUGUUCGGUGGUAG